AAAAUGGAAGAAACACAGAUGCUGUGCACCCAGAUGUUGGUGGAGAGCGACCCUGAGGGGGAGGAGGAGGUGGAGGAGAGGCAGAUCGGGUGGUUAGAGGUGGAGGGGAUCAAAUAUAGAAUUAACCAGGGGGAAAAUAAAAUCGGACGGGAUCCAUCGUGCAGUAUAGUUCUACAGAAAUCUUCACUCAGUCGGACACAUGCAAUUAUUGAGGGAGAUGUGGAUGGAUCUACUAUCCAUGAUGUUGGUUCUAGCAACGGAACGAAAAAAGGGAAUAUAAAACUCAAGAGAAAUGUUAGGUAUAAUCUAUGUGAUGCAGAAGAGAUAAUGUUCGGAGAUGUUUCAUCAGUUUGGAGAAUAUAUAGUCAAGAUCAAACAUUUCAAGUUGAUGAAACUGGUUCUGUGGGUAGUCAAGGUUCAGUUUCUCUUCUAGAUCUCCAGGAAGAUCAAAAUAUACAAGAAGCCCCAGAUCCCGGAGAAGAGAAUGGAGAUAAGAAAACGGAUAAUCAAGAAAACCUUCCUCCAAACUUCGUCCCAGAUACUCCAGCACAGUCUAAGUUUAAAGGAAGAAGUUUCGACGAUUUUAGUUUUAUUCCUGAGUCUCAGAGCUCUCCCUUACCCUCUGCCCUGAAGCCAGCAAAUCCUAAGAUUUUAGAUUCUCCGUUCAGUGAUUUAAACGAUAGUUCAUUUCUUGCUCCGUCCCAACCUGUUCAGGGAAGGAUGCAGAAACUAUUAAAUCAACCCUCAAGAAACAAAACUUCUACACAAAGAUUACAGGUCUCUGAAAUUCACCGGGUCGAGGAUAGUCUAGAUGAAGAUGAUUUAUUCUCUGGGUCGAAUUGUAGCACUAGAUUAGAUGCAAGCAUUGAACAGUCCAACCUGAGGGAAAACCAGGAUAAAUCUGGACUUAAUCAGACUGAAGUCACAACAUUCACCGAUAAGAGCCGACUGUCGGAUUCAGAACUGUUAACAGCGCCUACCCAAGGUGUUAAUAAGCUGUCAGAUUCCGAACUGAUGCUUGUUCCAACACAAGCUGUUAAUAAGCUGUCGGAAUCUGAACUGUUAAUCGCUUCAACCCAAGCUGUCGGUAAGCUGUCAGAUUCAGAGCUAAUGUUUUUUCCAAUCCAAGCUGUCAGUAAGCUGUCGGAAUCUGAAAUUUUAGCAGUUGACACUCAGACUGUCGAUACUGCUGUUUUAGGAGCGGACACUCAAGCUGUUUUGGCAGCUGAUUCUCAAGCUGUAGAUGUUUUAGCAGCCGACAAUCAAACUAACGAUGGUCUAGCAGUGGACACCGAAGCUGACGAUGUAAACGCAGCUGCUUCCCCUAAAGCUGGCAAUGUAGGGUCUAGUAUGAUAAAUGCAGAGAAUGUAACUGACGAUUCCACUUCUCAAGUAAUAAAGGGAACAGUAGAUGAUUCUGUAUUUGAAGUAGAAGAUAAUUUUGAUGACAGUGAUCUAUUGUUGGCUGCAACACAAGAACCUUUUACCACCGAGAGGACUAGGGUUGUUGACAAAACAGAGGCCCCAACUGUAAUCCUUGCUCAGCCUGGAGACAAAGAUGAUCUUGAGAAUGGAUCUUAUAAUCCGUCCUUGUGUAAUCUGAGUUAUGUGAGCCUGGUCCCUGGAACCCAGGAGGAAACUGAGGAUUACCAGAACCCGGUUGAGGAAGAGGAAGAUGAAAAUGAAAUGUCUCAGAAUCUUCUGGAAUAUCUUUCGGAUGGUGAAUACGAUUCUCUGGUAAAUGAUAAAGAGGAUGAGAACAAUGCAGAAGAAAUAUCUGGAGCUGAAGCUGAAUCUACUGGGAUUACUGAAUUUGAUGAAGCUGAACAUGGGGAUGACACUGAACAUGCAGCUUCAACUGAACAUGAAGCUGCAACUGAACAUGAAGCUGCAACUGAAAAUGAAGCUGCAACUGAAAAUGAAGCUGCAACUGAAAAUGAAGCCAAAAGUAACAAUGAGGCUGCAACUGAACAUGAAGCUGCAACUGAAAAUGAAGCCACAAUUAACAAUGAAGCCACAACUGAACAGGAGGCAGCAGAUAAACAGGAAACCACAGCUGAACACGAUACUGAAGAGACCAAUAAAACUGAAACCAAAGCAGACACUAAAGCCGAAGCUGAGCAUGAUUUUAUUAAUUUAGAGCCUGGUAAAAUUACUCAUUCAGAUUCUUUGAUCAAAUCUCAUGAGGUUGAAAUUCGAGCUGUAGUUAACACUUCAGGAAUCAAAACAAGUAUAGCUGAAGAAUCAAAUGUGAAAACUGCACCUGUUCUCAAUAAACAGGAUUCAGAUAUGAUUGUUGCCACCUCCCAGGAAGCAUCUGAACCGAGCUCACGGAGAAUAUUUAAUGGAACAAACUAUGCCGAACUUUCUAUGGAGCAAACAGUUAUGCUCAACAAAACCCAUCCUAGUUGUUCUCAUGCAAGCCUUCCUGGAGAAAAUAAGAUAACAGAGAUUUCAGAAAUAACUAAGACAGAUAAUUCUGAAGUUAAUAUUCCUAAAUUGGAUAAACAGGAUUCAAACAUGAUUAUUUCUUCCUCUCAGGACAGCCUCCCUCAUAGGGUAGCAGGGGUUAGAGGGAUACUAACAGAAACUAACUAUGCUACGCUCUCCAUGGAGCAAACUACGAUGGUAGCAACAGACAUUGUUUUUGCAAACUCACAAGGAUCACUUGGAUCUAUUUUGAAAACACCAAGAUCCAAAAACCCUAAGAUUAAGAGUGCUAACCCUAGUCCUGUUCAAGAGGAAACUAGCUCUCCAAUUAUAUGCAAGAGUCAAAGCGUAGAAAAUCGGUCCUUGCGACUUUGCCUUGAGAGUUCUGAUCUUGACUCUCCCAUCAUUUCUAAGAGUUCUAGAUCAGGAAGUGUAGCCUCAAAACUCUAUGAAUCUAUGGGUAUUGGGAGUGAUGAUGAGGACGUCGAUGGUUCGGUUCUAGAACCCGAAAAAGAUAAAGAUGUACUUCCACUUCCGCAGGAAUUAGCCUCCGAGUCUGAUAAUUCUGUCCCACUCAAAUCUGAUUCUCUAAUCGUUGCGAAAACUCCGGUCCAACCCAAAAAUGCGCAAAUCGUUGAAACUCCUCAAAGAGUUAAUAAUUCUCCCAGUUGUCAAGAGAAGCCGGACAGUGGUCCCUUACUUCCAGAAACACAAGAAAUAGUCGGUAGGCUUUUGCAUGGUAUUAAAUCUAUAGAUAAACCAGAACCAUCAAAAGACGAAGUUAAGCCAAGUAAAGCAGAAAAUGAAGAAGAACUAGGUAGAGGAAGAAGAUCUAGGAGAUCUACUAAAAAAUCUCUGGAAAACGGCCCUGAGCCAAAAGCGUCCAAUAGGAACAGUUUAACGACCGAAAAGGGCUCCAGAGGAAGGAAAGGCCAACUUCAGACUCAGACGGAAGAAGUUCUGGGGCCCGGAGAAACUAAACAUGAUUCUCUCUCCAAACCGGCUGAUAAAAAGAAAGCGUCCCGUUGGAGUAGAGCAGUUUUAGACCAAGAAACUGAUCCUAAUCCCGGACAGAUGGAAGAAGAUAAAAAGCUUAAAGAAAAUAUUCCUGAAACCUCGAUCUCCAAACUUGCUCCGGAUAAGAAAACGUCCCGCCGGAUGUUAGCAGUUUUAGAAUCUUCUCCAAAUCCCGCACCUAGAAACCAGAAACGGAAACAGCGGCCAAGCAUAGUUAUAAACAGCUCUGAGCGGGAAGGUUUGAUACUUCAGGAGGAGUCCUUAAAACAGAAACCUGCCUCAAAGACCGAUCUUGAAUCUACAAAAAGCGUUCUGAACAUCGAUGAAGAUAGUCGAGAUUCGGAGAUAUUGUUUCCAGGUGAACAAUCGAAUGUUGACAUCUCUGAUGAUCUAACCCAGGUAAAACCUUCUCCUGAACCUUCUCCUGACCCUUCUCCUGAGCCUUUUUCUGAACCUUCUCCUGAACCUUCUCCUGAACCGUCUCCGGAACUUGAACCGUCUUCAGCUUCCAAACCCUCUAAAGAGCAGAAGAAACUUGACAAAAAAGAUUCAGAUAUUUCAGAUAAUUCGGAAAUUUGUAAUAAACCUGUAAAGGAAGGAAAAGCUAAGCGUGGUAGAAAAAGUGCUGAAAGAAAAUCCAAAAUUGAAAAGGUUAAUGAAAUAUUGAAGACUGAAGCAACGAAGGAGGAGGAUCAUAAUGAAAUUUCAAAGCCAGGAAAAAGAAAAUCUUCCAGGAGAGAAACCUCAAUAAAAAGCCUGAGUAAGCAGGACAAACCUGAGACUAACACCAACCCUGCAGAACAUGUUGAACGUAGUGAGUCUAUUGAAACUGCUUCCACUGUAUCUCAUGAUGAACCUGAAAUAUUAAACCAGAGGAGAUCAAUCAAAAGUUGGAAAGUGAAAACAGAAAAUGCAAAGGAAGAAGAUGCAGGGUUAGAACCCAUCAAAGUGGGAAGAAGAGGGAGAAUUAAUGUUAAAUCAAACUUAACUCCUGAAACCUCCAAUAAAGGAAAAGGCCUAAGAGGCCGGAGUAAAAAUGAAUCGGAAACUGAAACGAAAGCGAUUGAUCAAACGAAAGAAGAAAAUGACAUAUCAAUUUCUAUACCUGAACCUAAUGUCAGAAAAACAAGAGGAAAGCGAGGGAAGAGUAAUGAAGAAAAAGUAGAAAUAGCAGAAGAUGAAAAUAUGAAUCCUGAUAAAGCUUCAAAUUUAGAGAGCUCUGUUGAAAGGAAAAGCAAAAGAGGAGGGAAAAGCAGAAUAAAUGUACAGGUGGAUAAGGAAAAGGAAGAAGAAGAAGAAGAUCAACCAAUUGUUUCAGCAAGUUCAGGCAAAAGAAGAAAGAUAAAUGACGGAAAUGAAGAUGAGAUUAAACUCCUUGAUACUGGCUCAAUAAGACGAAAGGGUGUCUCCAAAAAAGGUAAUAACUCAAUCCUUACAAAACUUGAAUCAAAAAGUCACGAAGAUCUUAAAGAAGAAUCGCCAGUUCAAAAGCCUGGCACAGAGAAUGCAGAUGGAAAGCGAAACGCAAGUUCAAGAAAAGGGCGAGGAAAUAUAAUAGGAGAAGAAAAGACUGAACUUAUCGAACCCGCAGUUGAGUUGGGUUCAAAAAGACUGGGACGGAAACGCAAAACGUCUCUAGAUACUACAAAAAGCACUGUAGAUACUAGUACUAGAUCUAGCCGUGGAGUUUCUCAUCCUUCUCCUGCUCCCAGCAAUGAUACUUCAACUACCUCUAAGACUGACAAGAAACGUUCCAAAAGCAAUCCUGUAGUACAAGAGAUAUCAGAGAAUCGGGAAGAAAUCAAAUCUCAAACUCCACAAUUCAAUGAUCAUACUUCUUCUGAAAGAAAAUCUGUAAAGCGUAAAAUGGAAUCAAACUCCAGCGAAAUCGUCCGCCGGCCCAAACUGAGCAAAGGUUUAUCCCCUAGUGAGCAGGUGGAUCAUGACGCAAGCUUGUGUGGAUCUCCUGCUCUGAGAAGAGCCACCCUGGUGAAGAAAUGCAAGGUUCUCUUCACUGGAUAUUUCUGUGAGAAAGAAAACCAGAUUGUUCUUGACCUAGGUGGUGAAGUUAUCUCUGAGAAUAUCUCUGACUGUACUGUCCUUGUGACGGAUAAAAUUCGGCGAACUGCCAAGUUCCUGUGUAUGGUUGCACGUGGAGUUCCUAUAGUUUCUCCUGCCUGGAUCUCGCAGUCCAAAGCUUCUGGCACCUUCCUUGAUCCUUGGGGCUUCAUUCUAAAGGAUGACGAGAAUGAAAAGAAAUGGGGGUUUAAGUUAGAGUCCACUCUUCAGCAGGCGGCUAGGCAGGGGCUUCUCAAGGGAGUUUCUAUUCAUGUCACCAGAAAGGUAAACCCGCCCCCGGUUCAGUUCAAGGAUAUAAUCACCUACUCCGGGGGUGUGUACCUCCCCUCCCCGCCCACCACCAAGGACCAAGGGGUCUACGUUCUCUCCUGCCCAGAGGACAAGCAGAGUCUGGUUAAGAUUAAGAAGAGCAGGGUUCCUGUUAUGGAUAAAGAGUUUAUUCUCUCCGGUAUUCUUCGCUACAAGCUGGAUCUUAGUUUAUUACUUCAAUAUUAAAACUGGGGACGUGACUUCAAUACAAUAAAAAGACCGGGGUUAUUACUCCAGUAAGAAGACCGGGGUUAUUACUCCAAUAAAAAAGACCGGGGUUAUUACUUCAAUUAGAAGACCUGGGUUAUUACUUCAAAAUGAAACUGGGGAUAUUACUUCAAUAAGAAGACCGGGGUUAUUACUUCAAUAAGAAUUGACCGAGGUUAUUACUCCAAUAAAAAGACCUGGGUUAUUACUUCAAUAAGAAGACCGGGGUUAUUGCUUCAAUAAGAAGACCGGGGUUAUUACUCCAAUAAAAAGACCUGGGUUAUUACUUCAAUAAGAAGACCGGGGUUAUUACUUCAAUAAGAAAACCUGGGUUAUUACUUCAAAAUGAAACUGGGGAUAUUACUUCAAUAAGAAGACCGGGCUUAUUACUUCAAUAAGAAUUGACCGGGGUUAUUACUCCAAUAAAAAGACCUGGGUUAUUACUUCAAUAAGAAGACCGGGGUUAUUACUUCAAUAAGAAAACCGGGGUUAUUACUCCAAUAAGAAAACCGGGGUUAUUACUUCAAUAAUACCGGGGUAUUACUCCAAUAAGAAGACAGGGGUUUUUACUCCAUUAAGAAGACAGGGGUCCUCUCUUCAAUAAGAAGACCAAGGACUUAUCAAAACUAGUAUUCUUUAAGUUUGAUUUUUAAUGCAUUUUAAAAAUAUUAAAAUUAUUGUCUUUCUUUGCAGUUUGCAGUUAAUUAUCAUUAUAUAUCGAUCGCAGUUAAUUGGGCAUUUCUAUCUUAUCAAAAGUAGUAUUUAUAAAAAAUGUGAUUUUUGAAAUUCACUUUUUUCCCCAUUGUAAAUACGUAAAAUUUAUGUAGCAAAGAUAUAUAUAUUUUGCAG